AUGGCUGAGCGCCUACUAGAGGCUUCCCGGCAACGCGGAGUGAAAGCGAUGACAGCUGCCGCGGGUUCGGCGGGCCGUGCCGCGGUGCCUUUGCUGCUGUGCGCGCUGCUGGCGCCCGGCGGCGCGUACGUGCUCGACGACUCCGACGGGCUGGGCCGGGAGUUCGAUGGCAUCGGCGCGGUCAGCGGCGGCGGGGCAACCUCCCGACUUCUAGUAAAUUACCGAGAGCCCUAUCGUUCUCAAAUACUGGAUUAUCUCUUUAAGCCUAACUUCGGUGCCUCUCUGCAUAUUCUAAAGGUGGAAAUAGGUGGUGAUGGGCAGACAACAGAUGGCACUGAGCCCUCCCACAUGCACUAUGCGCUAGAUGAGAAUUAUUUCCGAGGAUAUGAGUGGUGGUUAAUGAAGGAAGCUAAGAAGAGGAACCCUAAUAUUACACUCAUGGGGCUGCCGUGGUCAUUCCCUGGAUGGCUGGGGAAAGGUUUCAACUGGCCUUAUGUAAACGUUCAGCUGACUGCCUAUUACGUCGUGGCCUGGAUUGUGGGUGCCAAGCAUUAUCAUAAUUUGGACAUUGAUUAUAUUGGGAUUUGGAAUGAGAGAACAUUUGACAUCCGUUAUAUCAAGAUGUUAAGAAAAAUGCUGAACCGCCAUGGCCUUGAGCGAGUGAAAAUCAUAGCAAGUGACAACCUCUGGGAGCCCAUUUCUGCAACGAUGCUGCUUGAUCCCGAGCUCUUGGACGUGAUUGAUGUCAUCGGGGCUCAUUAUCCUGGGACCUACACAGUAAGGGAUGCAAAGUUGACCAAGAAGAAGCUUUGGUCUUCUGAAGAUUUCAGCACUUUGAAUAAUGAUGUGGGUGCAGGCUGCUGGGGUCGCAUACUGAAUCAGAAUUACAUCAAUGGGCACAUGACUUCCACAAUCGCUUGGAAUUUGGUAGCUAGUUACUAUGAAGAGUUACCUUAUGGGAGAUGUGGGUUGAUGACCGCUCAGGAGCCGUGGAGUGGACACUAUACAGUAGAACUUCCUAUUUGGAUAUCAGCUCAUACUACUCAAUUUACGCAGCCAGGUUGGUUUUAUCUGAAGACAGUUGGACAUUUAGAGAAAGGAGGAAGCUACGUAGCUCUGACUGAUGGUUUAGGCAACCUCACCAUCAUCAUUGAAACCAUGAGCCAUAAACAUUCUGCCUGUAUACGACCCUUCCUUCCUUAUUUCAAUGUGUCCCAACAAGCUGCUACUUUCACCCUUAAGGGAUCUUUUAGCCAAAUACCAGAACUACAAGUGUGGUACACCAAAAUUGGGAAAACGUCGAAGAAAUAUAUUUUUAAACAGCUGGAUCCUGUAUGGAUCCUUGACAUCAACGGCCGCUUCACACUGGAACUGGAGACGGAUGAGCUCCUCACCCUUACCACCCUCACCACGGGGCAGAAGGGCAGCCACCCGCUUCCUCCCAAGUCCAAGCCCUUUCCACCUCUCUACAAGGAUAACUUCAAUAUCCAUGACCCGCCUUUUAGCGAAGCUCCGAAUUUUGCUGAUCAGACAGGUGUAUUUGAAUACUUUAUAAAUAGGGAUGAUCCAGGAGAACAUCGCUUCACACUACGCCAAGUUCUGAAUCAACGACCCAUUACUUGGGCUGCAGAUGCCUCCGACACCAUCAGUAUUAUAGGCGAUUACCAAUGGAGCAAUCUGACUCUAACAUGUGAUGUUUACAUUGAGACCCCUGACAGGGGAGGUGUGUUCAUUGCCGCAAGAGUCGAUAAAGGUGGGAUUUUGAUUAGAAGUGCCAGAGGAGUUUUCUUUUGGAUUUUUGCAAAUGGAACCUACAAAGUUACAGGUGAUAUAGCUGGAUGGAUCAUAUAUCGUUUAGGGCAUGUUGAUGUGACAGCACAAAAGUGGUAUACACUCACUUUAAAGAUUAAGGGUCAUUUCUGUUCUGGAAUGUUGGAUGGGAAACUUCUAUGGGAAAACGUCCAUGUGAAUGUCCCGAAGAACGGCUGGGCUGCCAUUGGGACAUACUCCUUUGAAUUUGCACAGUUUGACAAUUUCCAAGUGGAAGCCGAAAGCUAA